AUGAGCGGAGACCAGCUCGCUGGCCCAAGCCCCAGCGACUUACCCUGUAAAAAAAGGGAUGACUAUUUGGAAUGGCCUGAGUACUUCAUGGCCGUGGCUUUUUUAUCAGCCCAGAGGAGCAAAGAUCCCAACUCCCAGGUUGGCGCUUGCAUUGUCAACGCAGAAAACAAAAUUGUUGGAAUUGGGUACAACGGGAUGCCCAAUGGGUGCAGUGAUGACUUGCUUCCCUGGAGAAGGACAGCAGAGAAGAAACUGGACACAAAAUACCCUUAUGUGUGCCAUGCUGAACUGAAUGCCAUUAUGAACAAGAACUCGGCGGAUGUGAAGGGUUGUACCAUGUACGUUGCCUUAUUCCCGUGUAAUGAAUGUGCGAAACUCAUCAUCCAGGCAGGUAUAAAAGAAGUUAUUUUUAUGUCUGAUAAGUACCACGAUAAUGAUGAAACCACAGCUGCAAGGCUCAUGUUUGACUUGGCCGGGAUUAAAUUCAGGAAAUUCACACCCAAGUACAGCAAGAUUGUCAUUGACUUUGAUUCAAUUAACAGCAGACCGAGUCAAAAGCCUUAG